UAUUAACAGCAGGGCAUGGCGGUGGGGAAGUAAUUUCUCGAGCAGCUGCAUCUCAGUCCGAGCUCCUCCAUCAAGGAAGUGGGAAGUCAAUCCUUUGGAAAUCUGCCCUUCUUCCCCCAGCCCAUGGCCAUGUCGUCCUGCUCCCGCUAGGAAGAAGGGUGGGAUUGGUGCUGCCGGGAGCACUUGGCCUUGUCGCAGGUUCUGGGCAUGGGGCGCGAUAAAAUUAUAGGAAGCCCGUGAUUUCUUGAGAGACGGGCUUUGGGAAAGUAGCCAUCGGAGGUUCAGGGCAUGUCUUGGGUUCUUGCAUCCGCCCUUCCUAGAAAACCAGAAUUGGAAGCAAGUGGAAGCCCUGCCCUACCUAUCUAUCUUCUGUUUUGUAUCGUAUCUGCUGCUACUAGUCCAUGUCCUUGUGCUGGUGUUUCUGUUGCUGCCGCGAUUUACUGGAGAGAUAGAUAGAUAGAUGUUAGAUCCUGUUCGGUUCUCUAGAGAUGGAAUCAGGGAAUGGGUUCGUCUCCGUCGACGGGCACCGCAUCGAUCCCAAGUGGCUCAUCGAUCCCAAGCAGCUCUUCGUUGGCCCCCGGAUCGGGGAGGGCGCUCAUGCCAAGGUCUACGAGGGGAAGUAUAAGAAUCAGAAUGUUGCUAUCAAGAUUGUGCAUAGAGGUGACACCCCUGAGGAGAAGGCGAAGAGAGAGGCAAGGUUUAUGAGGGAGGUGGCCAUGCUCUCGCGAGUCCAACACAAGAACCUUGUCAAGUUCAUUGGGGCAUGUAAGGAGCCUGUGAUGGUGGUGGUCACUGAGCUUCUGCUGGGGGGUUCGCUGCGCAAAUUCUUGCUGAACAUGAGGCCACGGAGCUUAGAGCCUUGUGCUGCGGUUGGGUUUGCGCUGGACAUCGCUCGGGCUAUGGAAUGCUUACAUUCACAUGGGAUCAUUCAUCGUGAUCUGAAGCCAGAGAACUUGCUCUUGACUGCAGACCAAAGGACAGUGAAACUUGUUGACCUUGGUUUGGCAAGGGAGGAAACAUUAACUGAGAUGAUGACUGCUGAAACAGGAACAUACCGUUGGAUGGCUCCAGAGUUAUACAGCACUGUUACACUAAGGCAUGGGGAAAAGAAGCAUUACAAUCACAAAGUGGAUGUUUACAGCUUUGCAAUAGUAUUAUGGGAGCUUUUCCAAAAUCGACUUCCAUUUGAAGGCAUGUCUAACCUGCAAGCAGCUUAUGCAGCUGCUUUCAAAAACACGAGGCCCAGUGCAGAAAAUCUUCCUGAAGAACUGGCUUUGAUCUUGACUUCCUGUUGGAAAGAAGAUCCAAAUUCCCGACCAAACUUUAGCCAAAUUGUGCAGAUGCUUCUACAUUAUCUUUCUACUCUUUCGCCACCCAAACCUCUGGUCCCUUCACAUGUAUUUAGGUCGGAGAAUGUAGUUUUACCACCUGAAUCUCCUGGGACAAGUUCGUUGAUGGCUGUUCGAGAUGGCAUGGGCGAUACCCCAAACUCCGAGAUGGAAAAUAAAUCAAGGGGAUUCUUUUUCUGCUUCGACCAGUGCUGCUGAUUGCCAAUUCAGUAGACCUUUGAAGGGCAACAGUUGCAUCCUGCUGUAGGCAAAUCCUACAUGCUGUAAGUUAUGGAUGAACGAGAAAAAUUUUUCCCUUUCCCAUCGCAUGAAGUUGUUACUUUUAUAUUUGAAGGCCAAUAACAUUACAUUUAACACCUAAUUUGAUAGUUGAUUUAAGAAGCUUGCUAAAGUCUGGGGAAAAGGCUGAAAUAAGCCUUGUGUUUUUUUUUUUUUGUGAUAAAAAAAACCUUAUGUUUGAAGUUACCGAGUUUCCAAUAUGAUCUGGGUAAACCAGAUAAUCUUUUCUGUCAGGUAGAAA